GAUAGUUUCUCUUAUCAAAACGACAACAUAAAUGUACUCCAUAUUGGGCGCAAUGUCGAAGCAAGGAUCGAAAGAAUUGAUGAAGAUAAUGCAAGUAUCUAUUUUGUGGAUAAUCAAGGUGUACAAGUACCCCCUCCACCAAACUCCGUUCUCAGGAAUACAACAACUAAUCGUAAUGUUCUGUAUCGUC